AUGACUCCUCGGGAUCACUUGAGGAAGAUGUCGAUCCUUGGAGAACAGGGAACCUUGGAAGACAAGCAUUUAUACCGGUUAGCAAGUGGUAUGACAGCAGGCGAACUGCGUCAGCGACAAGAGAUGAUCAUGAGAAACCAGAUGAUGGCAGUAAACCCACAACUCAUGGGAGCAGGGCAGCAGAGAAUCCAGGCGAUUCCCUCUCAGUUUGAGCCUCGGUUUAUGGAAAGAGAUUUGUUACCUUCAGCUGAGAUGUUGACACCAGCUGAUCCCAGGCAGAUCCACAUAGCUUCUCACCUUGGUCCUUCUGCCCCACAACAUGCCAACAUGCCAAACGCAUUAUCCAAUCGUGUUUAUCAAGGACCAGGAUAUAGUUUUCUCCAGCCAGAAUCCAUGGAAGCUGUAACCAGAAGGCAGGAAUUGGUUCAGAAACAAAAUAUUGCUAGGAUGGAGAUGGAAAUGAGUGCCAUUUUUCAACAAAAAGAAAUUGAAAAAGCCCAUCGCAAAGGCUUGCUAGGGCUAGAAGGCCCUUUUCUAUACCACGGCAUCCCUGCUAGCCCAGUUGCUUUCCGAGGGAGGCACAGGGUACCCGAGGGCCACCUUCCGAAUGACUUAUAUGUCCAUCGAUCCACGCUUGAUGAACUUCAUGGCAACACCAUGCUCAUGGCUACAAGCCCCUACCCGCACGUCAGCACUCUGCAGAGGGAGCGAGGCCGUCGGCCGGGCAGAAGAGCUGGGAAUCACAAAGCUGCUGAUGGUAACGUCAACGGUGUCAAGAGCCAAGCCGAGGAGAAGGGCCCUGCCUCCACGGCUGCCGAUGAGGAGAAAGAGGACAAAAAAGAAGCAGAAGUGGAGAUGUUGAGCAAGCAUGAACAAAGCAAAGCCCAGGUAGGACCAUCUACGGCAGCUGCACCAAACGGCAAAUAUGAACGUGGGUUGAGAAAAAACUCAGGCAGCCACGAAAUGCCCAGUGAUGUGAACAGCUGCAGCAAUGGAAAUGAGAAAGAUCCCAACACCUCUUGCUCGGCCUUUGAUGAAAAGUAUGUAUAUCCGUCAGCGUUCACCUUCUCCGCUCUGCCAUAUGGCUUCUCCAUACCCAGCAACCCACUGCUACCUUCAGCCGCUUCCAAUCUGAUUCUGAAUGGGGAAGACAUUUCUUCCAUUGAAGAUAUUCGCAAAUGGACUGUGGAAGAUGUAUACAGUUUUAUCGUCAGCCUCCCAGGGUGUACAGACUAUGCACAGAUAUUUAAAGAUCAUGCCAUUGAUGGGGAAACCUUACCACUACUCACAGAAGAACAUCUUUUAGACACAAUGGGAUUAAAACUUGGACCUGCAUUAAAGAUUCGUUCUCAGGUGUCCCGACGCCUGGGCAACGUGUUCUACAUGAUGAAUCUUCCUUUGUCCAUGCCCACUCCCACUGCUACAGGCAAACCUUCGGAUCCUCCCCUAGAUAUGGUGUCUCCUCUUCAUUGCAACAACACUGGUGAUGUUCUGGCCAGUCCGUGCUCCCAGGAUCAUGAAACAUCAAAAACAGUUGAGCAAGUAGUGGUGGAAAGCAGGGAAAAUACAUCUGAUGUAGCUGGAGCUCAGACUGAUUUCCAGAUGAUCAGCUAUCAGAAAAACUGA